GGUCCGUCAUUCAAAGAUACGUGACCGCCCGUAGCUCAGGCAUCCCCGGUCUCAUCGGCUCUUCGUCUCCGCCUCCCUAGGCCGCGUCGCCUGGCAGUAGUAAACCCUAAACCUCAGUCCCCACCCCGCCGGCGCACCACCAGUCGCCAUGGAUUCCAUCUGACAUUCCCGAGCCAAAAAUUCCCCGAAACCUCGAGAAGGAACUCGGAGCCAAUCCAAAGCCGCCGAGGAUGACGCUCCACUCCAUCGUCAUCCAGAAGCUCCUGAGCACGAACGCCCACCUCGGCCGCCGCGUCGCCACCCCCCACCACUUCAAGCUCUUCGCCUACGGCACCCGCAACGGCAUGACCAUCAUCGACUCCGACCGCACCCUCGUCUGCCUCCGCAACGCCUGCGACUUCAUCGCCGCCCUGGCGCGCCAGCGCGGCCGCUUCAUGUUCGUCAACACCAACCCGCUGUUCGACGAGAUCGUGGAGCAGAUGACGCGGCGGAUCGGGUGCUACUCCCCCAGCGGCAACGCGCUGUGGCGGACGGGCGGGUUCCUCACCAACAGCUGCAGCCCCAAGAAGUUCCGCUCCCGCAACAAGAAGAUCUGCUUCGGCCCCACGCAGCCGCCCGACUGCCUCGUGGUCAUGGACACCGAGCGGAAGUCGUCGGUCAUCCAGGAGGCCGCGAAGCUGCAGAUCCCCGUGGUGGCGCUCGUGGACUCCAGCAUGCCGUGGGAGUGCUACCGGAAGAUACAGUACCCGAUCCCGGCCAACGACUCGGUGCAGUUCGUGUACCUCUUCUGUAAUAUGAUCACCAAGACUUUCCUGCUCGAGCAGAAGAAGCUCGCUGCUGCCAAGGACCGGCUCGGCAUCGCCUCUGCCUCUGCCCCUGCCUCUGCCCCCAAGCCUGAAGCUCGGGAGGAGGCGCCACGCAUUGAAGAGAGCAAGAGCGAGAGUGAUAGUGGGACCGAGUUUGCAAAGAUUCAAGUGCCUAUAAUUCCUUAUGAAAGAUUAUCUCCUUUUCCUGAAGAUGUUGCUGAAACUAAGAAGCUUUUGGACAAACUUGUUAUCCUGAAGUUAAAUGGAGCUUUGGGAACAAAGAUGGGAUUUGAUGGUCCCAAAUCUACCAUUGAAAUUGGCAAUGGAAUGACAAUUCUGGGCUUGACAGCUACUCAGAUUGAGCAUCUUAACUCAAAGUAUGGAUGCAAUGUGCCCCUGCUUCUAAUGAAUUCAUCAAGAACACAUGAUGCUACCCUUGAGGUUUGGGGUAAAUAUUCCCAGCCAAAAAUUGAUUUUCAUGCUUUUGAGAUGAACCAAAACUCCCAACUGAGAUCAUCUGGAGAGCAGAGCAGCAACAAUGAAUUGGCAUAUGCUAACCAGGGUGCAGUAAUUGUAUCAUUGAUGAGAAGUGGAACCCUUGAUGUGUUACUUUCACAGGGUAAGGAGUAUAUCCUUGUGGCGAACUCAGAUAAUGCCGGGGCGAUCAUUGACCCAAAGAUACUAAACCACCUAAGUCAGAACAAAGUUGAAUGUUGUAUGGAGGUAAGGCCCACUACAUCCAUUGAUGUUAAUGGGAACUUUGCAAAUUUCGAAGAGAGGAAGUUCCAGCUUGGAGAAAUUGCUCAGAAGCCUUCUGAAAGAUUGUCAGAGAAGUUCAAAUUGCUUGAUACAAAAAACAUGUGGAUCAAUCUGAAUGCCAUCAAAAGACUUGUGGAGACUGAUGCACUGAAAUGGGAAGUAGAUGCUGGUUCAUCUCUAAUGCAAGAAACAGCAGCUAGUUCAAUAAUACGAUUUUUUGAGCAUGCAAUUGGUAUUUCCAUCCCUCCAUCCUGUUAUUUUCCUCUAAAUUCAACUUCAGAUCUGCUUCUUCUCCAGUCGGAUCUAUAUGCCACAUCCAAUGGAGUUCUAAUUAGAAAUGCUGCCAGAACUAAUCCCAAAAAUCCUUCUAUCGAGUUAGGACCUGAAUUUGAUAAGUUGGAUAGUUUUGCAAGCCGCUUCAAGUCUAUUCCCAGUGUAGUUGAGUUAGAUAGCUUGAAUGUCACUGGUGAUGUGUGGUUUGGAAAUGGCAUUAAGCUCAAGGGGAAUGUCAGCAUUGUUGCAAGACCUGGGAUGAGGAUUGAAAUUCCUGAUGGAGUAGUACUUGACAACAAGCUUAUAAACGGCCCUGAGGAUAUAUGAGAAGAUGAUUUCAAGGAAUGUAAGAGCACAACAUUUUCAUUUAAAGUGAUUCAUUCUUAGAUAGUUUUGUUCCCAUUACCGUUUUCACUUUCAAUUUAUAUCUAUGUACUGUGAAAUAAGGAAAUAAAAACCCAAGCAACAAGCUGAAAGAGGGCUAUUUAUGUGCCAGCAAGCAUGUGUUUGAUCCCAUAAAGGAUGAGGUCUUUCUUUUCAACUGAUUCGGCGACUUUUUCAUUCAAGGCAAUGCAAUUUUGAUGUCAAUUAAAUAAAGACAAAAGUCAAUAUCUUGUGCGACAAGAAAAGAGAUCUGAGUUGUUCUGGGGAUAACAUUGGGGCGGCAGCUAAGCCAAUAGAAGGCUAGAAGGUGGUUGCUGCGUGAUCGACUGGAUCCUUUGAAUAUCCACCUCCGGCCUCUUGCUUUAUCAUGUUGGCUGUUGCAUGGUUGGUGAUCACUCGUCUUUCGUCUUUCCAUAAAAUUGUCGUGUAAUUUUGUAGAGAACUGCCCAUGAGAGAUUCAACAGGUACAAGCCUGCCAUUGAUGUUAUUCGGGCGGUAUCAACAGUUAUUCCUUUUCUAGUUGCCUUGUAUUUUCAGCUAAAAUGCUUGAUGAAAGCUUCCAUCAUCUAUCUAUUUACAAUGUACUGUAAGGGGAAGUUCCUCAUCUUGCGCCAUGAAGAGAGGUGAGAGUCUAGAGAGUGCCUGCGGAUUUCUUUUCACCAGCCCAACCUUGUUUAUUUCUCCUCAUUAUAUAAUCAUUUCCUUUGUGCUGGUAUUACUUUUCAACUAAUAUUUCCACAUAAUUUUC